AUGAUAAGGAUGUGUUGUUUAAUUUUGACUAGGUCCAUCUUGUUUUUUGAGCAGCUUCAACAGCUUGUUGUAGAAAAUGUACCAGCGUUCAAUGAGAACCUCUGGAUAUGGCUUGCAGCUAAAAUGGAUACUUGCAAAUCAGAGGAUGACAAAGCACGUUUUGUCACCAAUUUUUUUUUGCAGAAAGACUAUGAAGAAUUGGCUUUAUUUGUAGUGAGCUUAGUGGAUCGCCUAGUCCAUAAGACUAAUGUAAUGUUCGUUUCUCUAACUGUGCUAAAACACACCCUGCACCCUAUCAUAGGAAGGUUAUUGCAGAGAAAAAUAUAUUUAGCUAUUGAUGUUCUCAAGGUAAUUUUAAAACCUGUAGUUGAUGAAAAGAAAGAGAUUUCUUGGCCUCCUAGAGAUCCCGAGGCUUUCAUUUUCAUGGAGAAACAAAUCAAACAAAUGGAGCAAGAAUGGCAACUGGACGAGGGGUUUCUUUCAGAAGUUAAUGCACAACUACGGCAAGGGAAAGAAGACGGGGGCAAGGAACUUGAGGCUAUGUUGCAGAAAGUUCUGCAAAUCUAUGCUUCUGCUGUCCUCUCUAAUCACGGUUAUGCCGAAAAAGGGCUCGACGAUCGGAGAGCCUAUCCAUCUUCUACAUCAGCAAUUCUAUCAGAUAAAUCUUAUGAUUUUAAACACAAAAGAUCUUCCACCAAGUGGAAUAAUGAUCUAUCUGAAGCUGGCAAAAUUACCCCUGCAUUAUGA